GGUGACUCUCAAUGCCGGUCUGUUUCCAGUCAUUUCUACGGCGAGACGGCGAGAGACUCAGAAGCAAGAAAGCCAGCGUUCUGGAAAAGGGCAUUAGGAGACACUGCAGAUAAUUACUAUACCUGAAACAAAAAACAAAAGGAGACAUAGGUCAGACAUUCCUGUAGAUAUUUAUAUUAUUAAUUUUGUUCGUUUAGAUUGUUCUUUUGUUGGCUUUCCGUUGCGAUAGAAACCUUUUUUCCGUUAUGGCCAAGUGGGGAAAAGGAGAUCCUCGCUGGAUCGUGGAGGAGAGAGCCGAUGCAACAAACGUCAAUAACUGGCACUGGACAGAGAGAGACGCAACAAACUGGUCAUCGGAAAAGCUGAAGGAGCUGUUGCUGGGAGUACGAGUGGAGAAUGAAGAUGGGAGCUGUGAGGUGACAGAAGUCAGCCAGGUGGAGGGAGAGGCCUCUAUCAAUAACCGGAAAGGAAAACUAAUUUUCUUUUAUGAGUGGAACCUUAAAAUGACUUGGACUGGUACAGCAAAGUCUGGAAUAAAAUACAAAGGGACUGUGGAGAUUUCCAACUUGUCAGAUGAAAAUGACAUGGAUGACUUGGAUAUAGCUGUCUCUCUUGGCAAAGACGAACCUGAAACAGAUCUCACAGCACUGAUGAAGAAAGAAGGUGCAAAAAAAAUUAGAGAAACGAUGGGAAUGUACAUGGAUGCGCUAAGAACAGAGUUCACUCAAGGUAUGAUCUUGCCUACAAUUAAUGACCUGAGCAAAGAUGCAGGAGCACAGCCCACACCCAAAGUGGAUAAAGCUCAGCCUGCUUCAGGUAAUGCAGCUUCCAAGACCAGCGCUGGAGUAAAGAUUCCCACCUGCAGGUUCAUUUUAAAGGACCAUUUCCCAGCCCCCCCUGAGGAGAUCUAUAGAGUCUUUGUGACACAGGAGCUGGUGCAGGGUUUCACACACUCUGCUGCGGUUGUGGAUGCAGAAAAAGGAGGCAAAUUCAAGCUGUUGGAGGGGAACGUCACUGGUGAAUUCUUAGAACUGGUUCCAGAACAGAAGAUUGGUAUGAAAUGGAGGUUUAAGACUUGGCCUACGGAACAUUAUGCAAAUAUAACAAUCCAUUUUGUUGACCAAAGUGGAGAGACUGAGCUGAAGGUAGACUGUAAAGGAGUUCCAGUGAACGAAGAAGACAGAACAAAAGACGGCUGGAAACGCUACUACUUUGAGGGCAUUAAACAGACUUUUGGUUAUGGGGCACGGCUGUACUGAGGACAUUGCUCUGUAUAAUGGGGUUUAAUAUUGAUUUUAUGUUAAAGCUUCAGUCUGCUGUCCAUUUCUGUGUUUGUACAUUCAUUUAGUACAGUCAUUAGUGGGGGUUGAGGCCUUUGUGAAUGCACUGCCUUUUGGAAAGGAUUCCAAAACAGCUUGUGGAUACAAAGAAAUAUAUAAUACAGAAAGUGUGAAAAACAGAACCACUUGCAUCAUACCUGUUAUUUAAAACAACUGCACUUGUUCUCUGUACUGUAGUUUGUCACAUGUUCACAUUUAAGAUCAAAGUACAUAAAUAAAUCUGAUUUUUACCUA